AUGGGCUCGACUUCUGACUCAUCCAUUGUUCGACUUAACAUUGUUAACUCUGAUAGAGCUCAAAGUGAUGUGCUUCCUCAACCAUCUUCAUGUUCGGUGUUGAUGCAGGGAUAUGUGUUCAUAGACAGAGAUGGAACGCAUUUCCGUCAUAUAUUAAACUGGUUGCGUGACGGCAUUGCUCCCAGUCUAUCAGAUCCUGAUUGUUCUGAACUUUUGCGUGAAGCAGACUACUAUCAGCUUCUAGGGCUGAAAGAGAGAAUAAAAGAUUCGAGAAUAGAAGCUUGUGAAGUAGAAGCUGAAUUAACGCGUGUGGAUGUCAUCAAAUGUAUACAGUUUGAACGAGUCAGGUUCCGAGGGGUUAAUCUUUCUGGAAUUGAUCUUUCUAAACUGGAUCUAUCCCUUGUGGAUUUCAGCUAUGCUUGUCUCAGGAAUGUGUUUUUCUCUCGUACAAAUCUUCAAUGUGCCAAAUUUCGGGAUGCUGAUUGUGAGGGAUCCAUCUUUCACAAUGCUAUAUUGCGAGAGUGUGAGUUUACUGGAGCAAAUCUCAGAGGAGCAUUGUUAGCUGGUACAAAUCUUCAGAGUGCUAAUUUACAAGAUGCUUGCUUAGUGGACUGUAGCUUCUGUGGUGCAGAUCUCCGCUCUGCCCAUUUGCAGAAUGCAGACCUUACAAAUGCCAACUUAGAAGGAGCAAAUCUAGAAGGUGCAAAUUUGAAGGGUGCAAAGUUGAGUAAUGCCAACCUCAAAGCAGCAAACCUUCAACGAGCGUACUUGAGGCAUGUGAAUCUGCGAGAAGCGCACUUGGAAGGGGCAAACCUCGGUGGCGCUAAUAUGACCGGUGCUAUCCGAUAA